UAUUAGAACAGAGGAGGAAAAAUAAUGGCCAACCACAAGCAUGCCACAUACAAUUAUCAAGAAAAACCUCCAUUUUGUGGCUCUCAUUUGAUUUCCCAAAAUUUUAAAACUGUGAGUCUUUGCAAACUCUAUCAAACUCCUCAGCCAAAACCUGUGCAACCCAUCUUCUUGCUUUCUCCAUAAACAGAACAGCCAUGACUGAUACAGUGGACAAACUGGUCAUCUUCUUAGCCAAAAGAGAUGGCAUAGACAAGCUUGUGAAGACCUUCCAAUAUGUUUCAAAGUUAGUUCACUGGCACCUUGAAACCUCUCAUCCAGACAAGGCAACCAGAGCCAAGCACUGGGAAGUUGCUUCCGGCAUCAGCCGAAAGGCCUUCCGAACCGGGCGCUUUCUGACCGGCUUCAACGCUCUCCGACGCAGCCCCGGAGCGACCCCGGCUUUCCGGUUCCUCGCCGUUCUUGCUAAUGCAGGUGAAAUGGUCUACUUCUUCUUUGACCACUUGCUUUGGCUGUCAAGAAUUGGGACUCUUGAUGCUAAGUUGGCCAAAAGGAUGAGCUUUAUAUCAGCCUUUGGUGAGUCUUUUGGCUACAUAUUCUUCAUAGUUUCUGAUCUUAUUGUGCUGAAACAUGGGAUUGAGGCUGAGAGGAAGCUCAAAAGCUGUGAGGAAGAUUCAAAAGAAGAGAGUUUGAGCAAAAUCAGAGGUGAUAGAGUUAUGAGAUUGAUGGGUGUGGCAGCCAAUGUUGCGGAUUUGAUUAUUGGAUUGGCUGAGAUUGAGCCCAACCCUUUUUGCAACCAUACACUUACUCUUGGGAUAAGUGGGUUGGUCUCUGCUUGGGCUGGUUGGUAUAGAAAUUGGCCCUCUUAAAGAUAAUGUUUUGAUUGCCAUUUUAGCCUCUAUGUUUCAACAAUCAGGUCAAUUCCAUCUAUACACUUUGAAAUGUUUCAUUAUAAUACUUAUCUUUUGAUCAAAGGUUAUGCCCAUGGCGUUGGUGAAAGGUUGUAGGAAUGCAACAAUUCAAUGUAACAUGUUGUUUGAUUAUAAGAUGGAUAGGUUAUAUAAUGUGACUUUUUUGUUUUGAA